UCUGAGAUCACCGAAGCAAACUUCCUCCAUACACAUCGAGUUGGACAAAGCAGCUAACGACGUCGCAACCAACCACCAUUACCACCAGUCAGACAGUCGCCGCAUUCGCACACGCGUACCUUAAUAGCAGCAGUCAGUAUUAACUUGAGUCCGAGACGGUGUGAACGCGAACGUGUUUUGAUCGGAUCGACGCAUCGACCGAUUGCACCGAUAAGUGGCUAAAAACAUUUAACAGUACGAAACUUGAAGCGGUGUUAAUGUCAUUGCAGAAAAAUGCUCCACCUUACACAAACACGAGUAAUCAGAUGGUUCUAUCUAACAUCGUUGCUUCUGCUACUAUGCUGGAACAGCUUGAUCGAAUGCCGAAAGCAACACACGCACUCUAAUGAAGCUGAUCGUGAACUCAUGAGUUUUGAAGAAGAUGGUGGUGGCGGAGGCGGAGGCGGAGGUAAUAUCGGAAAUGGCCAUCGUCGAGGGCAUCGUAAAAAACAUCAUCAUCGUCAGCAUCACGAGGACAAUCAGCUCUCAUUGUGGAUCAAUGAGCAACAGUUGAAUAUGUUAAGUGCACUUUUCUUUCCACAAGGCUUUGCGCAUGGUCGCAUAUAUGCCAUCGAAAAUGGUGAAGUUCUGAACGAUUUGAGAGAAAUUAACAUCUAUAAAUACUUGAUUAUACCCGCCGAAGUAAAUUACGUGAAUUUCACGUGGAAGUCGGGUAGCAGAAAAUAUUUUUACCAUUUCGAUCGGUUGCAAACGCUGGACGAUAAUAUUCUAAGAGCUCCUACGUUAUCGAUUAAAACGAAAGGACGAAUACCGGCAGAAGAAAAAAAUUUCAGUAUUUUCCUGCCUUGUGCCGGUAAUAACUCAGGUACGGCCAUGUUCAAUAUCGGCUUGUCCAUACAAAAUCGUCGGGGGAAACCGUUGCCUGGCACACCAAUACGCUUAAAUUUUAAAAAGGAAUGCGCACAUAGAGGUAACGCUACCAUCUCUACACUAACAUCUCCGCAAGGUCCCGAUCCCGAAUGUAAUUUGAAAUGUGGCGAUAAUGGAUUUUGUAAUCAUCAUAAAAUUUGCCAGUGCAAAGCUGGCUACACGGGUCAAUACUGUCAGGCGGCAUUUUGUUUUCCGCAAUGUCUAAAUGGCGGCAAUUGCACAGCGCCAUCGGUGUGCACCUGUCCUGAUGGCUACCAAGGCACUCAGUGCGAAGGAGGCAUCUGCACCGAGAAAUGCUUAAAUGGCGGCAAGUGCAUACAAAAGGAUAAAUGCCAGUGUUCCAAAGGAUACUAUGGACUACGAUGUGAAUAUUCUAAAUGUGUGAUUCCAUGCAAAAAUGGCGGUCGCUGCAUUGGCACCAAUAUUUGCCGCUGUCCAAGCGGGUUGCUCGGUAAUCAUUGCGAAAUCGGUCGUAGGCAGCGUUCGACCUGCAGGCGUCCUUGUAAGCAUGGCGUGUGUAUGCCAAAUAAGACCUGCAAAUGUGAUCCAGGCUUCUAUGGACAGUAUUGCAAUGCAAGAAUAAAAAAACAUCGUAAAAUUCAUAGAUAGGUACAAUGGCUGCAUUGGAAAAAUCUCCCCUUUCUUACUUUUACUACUUUGUCGGAUUAUUAAUGGAUACAAUAGCGGUAUUCACCAGUGAGCAAGUGGCCUGGCAGACUGGUGUCAACAGUCAUCUGCUCUUUUGCCAGAGCGCCAGGCCACUUGCUCAAUUUGGUGAAUACCACUAAUGUAUUUGUAAAUUUUUACUAGAGUGAUAAAUAUACAUAAGUUUCCCGUUUUGUUUUUCGUAACGUGCAUGUUUUAAUGGGAGCGCGCAUAGUUAAGGCCAAAGCGUAGAUAUGUAUAUGCGCUCCGGUUGAAACAUACACGUUUUGUAAUCGACGCUUCGCUCAAUGCUUUGCUCGCCUCUCCAGUAUGUUUUUAGCCUAGCGCUGAGCUAUCACUACAUAUCUUUAUAAAGUAAUGUUUUAUAAGUAUAAAUAAUACUACAAUAUUCGUAUGCCCAGUAAAGGCACAUUAGAAUCAUCUAUUUCUAGAAAUGUGAUAAACUUAAAUAAUGAAACAAAAUUUUACUUCGAGGAAGUCUGAAAAUUUCUAAUUUAUAAUUGGAAGUAAGC